GUGCAAAGCAUACAAAGUGUUUUACUGCACCUAUCCACUUGACGUCUGUGAUUGAACGGACAGAUCGCUGACAGACGGUUUGCUUGUUACUCAUCAGAUUGGUUUUACCGUCUGAUUCAAAAUGGAUAAAACAUUGUCACUGUAUUCAGACAGAGCCGAAGACGUUGCAACCUCUUCUAGUUUCCGUCAGUUUAAAAUACAACAUUUUCAUCUCGAUCUUACUGUGGACUUUGAGAAGAAAGUUAUAUCAGGCACCGAAACAAUACAGUUAAAAUGCAUUCAGGACGGGCAGAGUGAGUUACAGCUAGAUAUUCAUCCAACUCUGACGCCACAGGAGAUCUCGUUCUCUCGCGAUGCGCAAAAUUGGAGCCGAGCAGAAAUUCUUGUUCGGGAAUUCACGAGUUAUGGCACCACAUUGAUAGUGAAAUUUCCCAAACCUUUCAAAUCCGAGGACAAAUUUCAAGUUACGAUCAAAUAUACAGCUUCUGAUGGACCAGGGGUGUGUUGGCUGGAACCAGAACAGACUGCUGGGAAACUCAAGCCUUAUGUUUAUACUCAAGGCCAGGCUGUGCUCAACCGUUCCUUCUUCCCUUGCUUUGAUACCCCGGCAGUCAAGAGCACCUACUCAGCUGCUAUUAAGGUGCCUGAUGGAUUCACAGCAGUUAUGAGUGCUAAUAAAUGGGAGCACAGAAAAGCAGACAACACUUUCCUGUUCACUAUGGAUCAUCCCAUUCCUGCCUAUCUCGUAGCACUGGCAGUAGGAGACUUGCAGUCUGCUGAGGUGGGACCCAGGACAAGUGUUUGGACUGAGCCCUGUUUGCUGCAGGCAGCCAAGCAAGAGUUUGAUAAUGUGAUCGAAAAGUUCCUGUCGGUGGGAGAGAAACUGUUUGGACCCUACGUCUGGGGAAGGUAUGAUGUUCUGUUCAUGCCGCCCUCAUUCCCUUUUGGUGGGAUGGAGAAUCCCUGUUUGACAUUCGUCACACCCUGUCUGUUGGCGGGGGAUCGCUCCCUCGCCGAUGUGAUCGUGCACGAGAUUUGCCACAGCUGGUUCGGAAACUUGGUCACCAACGCCACCUGGGGAGAAUUUUGGCUGAACGAGGGCUUCACUAUGUAUGCUCAACGUAGAGUUUGCAGGGAGCUGUAUGGUGAAGUUUAUUCAUGUCUGGAGGCUGCAACUGGUAAAGCACUUCUGCGUCAGCACAUACACAACACAGGAGAAAGUCACCCUCUCAACAAACUACGUGUUAUAAUCGAACCAGGUGUUGACCCUGAUGAUACCUAUAAUGAAACACCCUAUGAGAAAGGCUUCUGUUUUGUAUCCUACCUGGCCCACCUCACAGGAGAUCUAGCCCGCUUUGAUGCGUUCCUCAAGGCUUAUGUGGAAAAGUUCAAGUACCAAAGUGUGAUGGCAGAAGAUGCUUUAGAAUUCUACCUGGAGUAUUUCCCAGACCUGAAAGAGAAGAAUGUCCACAAAACUGAGGGUCUGGAUUUUGACAGCUGGCUCAAUGUGCCUGGUUGGCCUCCAUAUUGUCCUGAUCUGUCUGCUGGUCAGCAGUUGAUGAAACCAGCAGAGCAGUUAGCUGAACUGUGGGUUAACAAAAACCUGGAUUUGGAAUCCAUUGGCCAAAUUGAUACUAAACCAUGGAAGACCUACCAAACUGUUUACUUCUUGGACAAGAUCCUUGACAAAUCACCUCUUCCAGAUGGUAAUAUGAAGAAGCUGGAGGAGUUUUACCCGCACAUCACUGGGUCUAACAACGCGGAGCUAAAAUUACGUUGGGCCCAGAUUGUUGCAAAGAACCUGCAUGUACCGGGAUACCAACAUAUUCGCAAAUUCCUCACCAGUCAGGGUAAGCAGAAAUACACAUUACCUGUUUAUCGGGCCCUGUGGAAUGGAUCAGAAGAGACAAAGGCUUUGGCUAUGGAGAUAUUCUCUGCCACUUCAAAUCAGCUUCACAUCAAUGUUCGCAAUUACGUGAAAAAGAUUAUGGCCUGAAGCAAAUAAACGAAUUUGUAAAGUU